GUAUGUGGAAGGUUCCACUCACUUCCAGCAUGUCAACUCCUGUUGCAUUGUGGGUCCUUCCUCAGCCUACAUAGCCUACAUCUAUGUCUCACACAGAGUUAACUCCAACCGGAUCUACUAACAACCCUGCUCAGAUUAGUUCUAAAGGACCGGAUGAGAAGAAUGGCUUUCCCGUGGACACAACUUCACACAGCAUAUCUCCCUCACAAUUUUGUUCUGAAGAAGAAAUACCUGAAGGUGUGUGUGGCUGCUGUGGCGCCCUUCGCCCCAGGUACAAGAGGCUGGUUGACAACAUCUUCCCCGAGGAUCCUGAGGAUGGCCUGGUAAAGACAAAUAUGGAGAAACUCACCUUCUAUGCCCUCUCUGCCCCAGAAAAGCUAGACCGAAUUGGCGCCUACCUCUCCGAGAGGCUCAUUCGAGAUGUGGGCCGUCACCGAUACGGGUACGUGUGCAUUGCCAUGGAGGCGCUGGACCAGCUGCUCAUGGCCUGCCACUGCCAGAGCAUCAACCUCUUCGUGGAGAGUUUCCUCAAGAUGGUGGCCAAGCUGCUGGAGUCAGAGAAGCCCAAUCUGCAGAUCCUCGGCACCAACUCGUUCGUGAAGUUCGCCAACAUCGAGGAGGACACACCAUCCUAUCAUCGGAGCUAUGACUUCUUCGUGUCCCGGUUCAGUGAAAUGUGCCAUUCAAGCCAUGAUGACUUGGAAAUCAAGACAAAAAUCCGAAUGUCAGGCAUCAAAGGUCUGCAAGGGGUGGUGAGGAAGACGGUGAAUGAUGAACUGCAGGCCAAUAUCUGGGACCCACAGCACAUGGACAAGAUCGUCCCUUCACUGCUUUUCAACCUGCAGCACGUGGAGGAGGCAGAAAGCCGGUCUCCCUCUCCUCUCCAAGCACCAGAAAAAGAGAAGGAGAACCCUGCAGAGCUGGCAGAGAGGUGUCUGAGAGAGCUGCUGGGCCGGGCUGCCUUCGGCAAUAUCAAAAACGCCAUCAAGCCUGUUCUCAUCCAUCUGGAUAACCAUUCCCUGUGGGAACCCAAGGUGUUCGCCAUCCGCUGCUUCAAAAUCAUCAUGUACUCAAUUCAGCCGCAGCACUCCCACCUGGUUAUCCAGCAGCUCCUGAGCCACCUGGAUGCCAACAGCCGCAGUGCGGCGACGGUGCGCGCAGGCAUCGUGGAGGUCCUGUCAGAGGCAGCAGUCAUCGCCGCCACUGGCUCUGUGGGGCCCACAGUGCUGGAGAUGUUCAACACGCUGCUGAGGCAGCUGCGGCUCAGCAUCGACUACGCGCUGACGGGGAGCUACGACGGGGCACUGAGCCUGGGCACCAAGAUCAUCAAGGAGCACGAGGAGCGCAUGUUCCAGGAGGCUGUCAUCAAGACCAUCGGCUCCUUUGCCAGUACGCUGCCCACCUACCAGCGCUCUGAGGUGAUCCUCUUCAUCAUGAGCAAGGUGCCGCUGCCCUCCCUGCACCACGCCAUGGACUCCGGGAGGGCAGGGGAGAACAGGAACCGGCUGACCCAGAUUAUGCUGCUGAAAUCCCUCCUUCAGGUGUCUACUGGUUUCCAGUGCAGUAAUAUGAUGUCAGCCCUGCCCAGCAACUUUCUGGACCGCCUUCUCUCCACCGCUCUCAUGGAGGAUGCAGAAAUCCGCCUCUUUGUUCUAGAGAUUCUCAUCAGUUUCAUUGAUCGUCAUGGCAACCGCCAUAAGUUCUCUACCAUAAGUACCCUCAGUGACAUCUCAAUCCUGAAGCUGAAAGUGGACAAGUGCUCCCGACAGGACACCGUCUUCAUGAAGAAGCACUCCCAGCAGCUCUACAGGCACAUCUACCUGAGCUGCAAGGAGGAGACAAACAUCCAGAAGCACUACGAGGCUCUCUAUGGCCUGCUGGCGCUCAUCAGCAUCGAGCUGGCCAAUGAGGAGGUGGUGGUGGACCUCAUCCGCCUGGUGCUGGCUGUUCAGGAUGUGGCCCAGGUCAAUGAAGAGAACUUACCCGUGUACAACCGCUGUGCCCUCUACGCCCUGGGUGCAGCUUACCUGAACCUCAUCAGCCAACUCACCACAGUACCCGCCUUCUGCCAGCACAUCCAUGAGGUGAUAGAGACCAGGAAGAAGGAGGCUCCGUACAUGCUCCCUGAGGAUGUGUUUGUGGAGAGGCCCAGGCUGUCCCAAAAUCUUGAUGGUGUGGUGAUUGAGUUCCUCUUCCGCCAGAGUAAGAUCAGUGAAGUCCUGGGGGGCAGUGGCUACAAUUCAGACCGGCUCUGCCUGCCCUACAUCCCUCAACUUACAGAUGAGGAUCGCUUAUCCAAGAGGAAGAGCAUUGGAGAGACCAUUUCCCUGCAGGUGGAGGUGGAAUCCAGGAACAGCCCAGAGAAGGAAGAGCGUGUGCCGGCUGAGGAGAUCACCUAUGAGACACUGAAGAAGGCCAUUGUGGACAGUGUAGCUGUGGAGGAGCAGGAGCGUGAGCGGCGGCGACAGGUGGUAGAGAAAUUCCAGAAGGCGCCCUUCGAGGAGAUCGCAGCCCACUGUGGGGCCCGGGCAUCACUGCUACAGAGCAGACUCAACCAGAUCUUUGAAAUCACCAUACGGCCCCCACCAAGCCCGUCAGGAACCAUCACCGCUGCCUACGGCCAACCACAGAACCACUCCAUACCCGUCUACGAGAUGAAGUUUCCUGACCUGUGUGUAUACUGAGCUCCUGGAAAUGAAGCUUCUCGCAGGGAUGGGGUCUGAGGGAAGGGCUAACCCUCAUGCCCACCCCUGCCUCUGAAAAUCUAGCUGGGAUCUCUGACAGUUGCCUCCUCCCCAGCUAAGUAAAGGCGAAGCCUCCAGGUCCCUCCGGAACUUCAUGGCCCUCCUGCCUCCGCCUCGCCUUCCCUGAGGAAGAUCCAGCCACCUGCCCCUCUGGGGCCACGAGCAUCUCAUCUGUGCCCGACUCUUUUGUCAGCCAGGGAUGGAGAUCGUGGGGUUGUCUCUAGAGGGAAGGGGUGGGGGGAGUUCUUCUUGUGUGGUGGGUGAAGGGCUUCCACUAAGCUGCAACUCGGGGCACAUCCAGCAUCCCCAGAGGAGGCAACCAGCUGGAGACUUGGUUGGGCCAGGCAAGAACCAAGGCAAACUACCCUGGGAAGGGAGAGGUGAGAGCUGGAGAUGGCGCUGUCCUCCCCAUCAGUGCGUACCUCACCCUCGGGUUGUAGGAGUCUCUUCCAUUCUAGCUGGCCCUCCGGUUGUCUGCUCUUUCUUUCUAUUGUUGCUGAACAUUGAGCCUUUUGUAGCUAGGGACAAGCCAGGUGGGGUUGUAAAGGUGAAGGGGGAACAGGCUUGGGGGUGGAAAGGGGCUAGUUCUGCCUCCAGUUCCAAGCACGGGUGGGACAAAUUGUGUUCUUCUAUAGCAUCUCUCCAUUGUUCAGAGGGGACUUGUGGGUGGUUCUCUGUCUUCUGAAUGUUUCUCUGAGUUAGUUGGGUUCUCUGUGUAUUUUUUUCUUCUAAGGACUCUAAGGAGUUUCUACAACUUUUGGGUUGAAGGAAGGCAGAAAAAAAGAUAGUCUAGUUCAGUGAUGGCAAAUCUUUUGGAGCUUUCAAUAGUAACAAACUACCAGCUAUGGCACGCCUGCCAUAGGCUCUCCACCACUGGUCUAAUUCUAGAAGACUCAAGAGGGGAGGCAGUGCAGGGCUGUGAGGCCUGUCAACGGCACCUCCAAGGACCAUGCUCCCAGCUGGGCUGGGGACGCAAGGUGAGGGACAAGUCUGGCAAGUGACCCUUGGAGGCUCAGAAGCCCGCCUUUUGGAUGUUCCAGUGGAGGAGAGGGAAUUAGCGCCUACUAUUCAAGUGAUUUCUUCAUGCUCUGGAAAAGUGGGACACCGAUGCUCUCUGGCCUCGCUUAAAGCUUAGGGAGAGACAAUGGAGACCCCUUUAGGUUCUGGGCUUCAGUUUUCCCUGAGUGCCACCUGCCUGUCCCUGAGUGCAGCAAGCUCAGAGCCAGGCAAAGUGUGAAAAAGGCCACUUGCUGCGCUCUGCACCGUUCCCUUUUCUGACCCUUCCUCUGAGUGCCUUUGGGUAUCCAGAUGGCCUCUGGAAGAAGCAGCCCCUUCUAGUCCAGAGGAGCCCUUUCUUUUCUUUCCAAACUUUUAUAACUUUCCUGAGCUGACAUAACCGCAGUGAGGUGUGAAUGGUCAGAUAUACCUUCCAAGGAGAAUUUGCUUUUGAAAGGGGGGAGAAUGGGUAGAUAUGUGGACCCACAGGAACCCCUUUUUAGGGUAUUUUAGCUGUACGGCAAGGGGUCAGAAGGAGGCUAUUUGUGCUCAGGGCAGGCAGGCUUCUCAGGAUACCUUCAGGUCACAUCCCUGCACAGUGACCAACCACCAGGGCAGAUGAGUGCAUCUUCCAAAAUCAGCAAAACCCUGACACACUGCACUGCAGUGAAUUUGCGGGGGAGGGGCCGCCUGAGCCUUCCUCCUUGUAGCGUGUAGUUCCCACACUUCUGGUGCAUCUCUUCCCCAGGGUCACUGUCCCAGCGCUGUGGGCGUGUGGAUUCUGCAUGGCCUGCAUGAUCACAGACCUGGGCUGGCGGGAGGCUCCUGCUCCCCAAGGCUUUGGGACAAUAUUUUAUGGCUUUUAUGUAACUUAUGCUCAACCCAACUCCACAAGCAUGAAUUUAGAUUUCUCUCUAAUAUCUUAUGAUUAAGAAACCAAGUUUAAAAUAGCUUUAAACAAACUAAAGGCAAAUAACCUAGAAAAAAAAAAA